AUGAACGUGGUCAAAGAGAUCAAUAAGAUCAACGAGCGCGAGCUUGACCUCGAUACGAAAGGCUCAUGGCAUGACGACUACAAGGAUUCUGCGUACAUCUUCGCCGGAGGACUCAAUACGGAGCUGACGGAGGGCGACGUGAUCACUAUAUUCUCACAGUAUGGUGAGAUCAUGGACGUAAACAUGCCCCGUGACAAAGAAACUGGCAAGCCGAAAGGUUUCGCCUUCGUAAUGUAUGAGGACCAGAGGUCGACUGUUCUGGCGGUAGACAAUCUGAACGGCGCCAAGAUCCUAGAAAGGACCAUUCGUGUGGAUCACGUCAAGAACUACAAGCAGCCGAGAGAGAAGGGCGAGGACGGCGAGCUGCACGAACGCGAGGAGCAGAGUUUGAAUGCGAAGCCGACUUUGGUCCGAGAUGAGGCGGAGGUCUCUGAAUCUUCGGAUGACUCCGGGCCCGAGAUCGACCCCGAGGACCCCAUGCGGGAUUACCUGAUAGCGAAGCGCAAGGAGGAGAAAGCUGCGAAGAAGGGUAAGAAGUCCAAAUCGAAGCGCAAGCAUAAGGACGAGACCCCGGAGGAACGGCAGGCGCGGAAAGAACGUAAAAGACUCCGGAAAGAGAAGACCAAGUCCGCAGGUAUCAAGGCCGCGGAGGAGCUUCUCAACUCGCUCGCAGGGCUGGGUUCAGUCGCUCCGAAGCGGAGAACCGAGUCGCCCAGGAGGUCGCGCAGCAGGACCCCGGUCCGCAAACAAGAGGGCGAAGCCCGUCAUGGUCGCCAUUCUCCCCCAAGAAGACGGAGCCCGUCUCGCGACCGCUCACCAGUCCGACGGUACCGCAGCCGUACUCCUCCCAGACGCUCUCGUAGCCCUAUGGCAGUCUACCAUUCACCACGUUCAAAGCCGUACGACGACGAUAAGCGAGACGUGCGCCGUGAAGGUUCCGACCGUCGGAGGUCACGCUUUGACGAUGACGCUCCUCCGAGGACGCGAAGGGGGUACGACUAACGAAAGCCGUUGAGAGGCGCACAGUUUACCGACCAGCUGCCAAUGUGUCGCAGCUUCCCCGUUAUGCCAUGCGUGUCUACAAGGCAACCCCACGACGUUCCUUGCAUGUACUUUUACACCUUCUGCGGAUUUCAAU